UCUAUCUUCAUUCAAUCGUUCAAUUCAGACGGUAUAAUGGCGAUGGUAUCAGAUCUUGCGCUUGUUCUUGUGGCUGGACUGGCCAUAUCUUUACAUAUGCAACAGGCGUGGGCAGUUAAGUUUGAUAUACGAAACCAGUGCGGGUACACAGUUUGGGCGGCAGGACUACCAGGAGGAGGGCAGCAGCUUGACCAAGGUCAGACAUGGACCGUCGAUGUGCCGGCAGGGACAAAGGCGGCAAGAUUCUGGGGCCGAACUGGCUGUUCUUUCGAUGCGAGCGGCCGAGGAACCUGUCAAACUGGUGACUGCAACGGCCAACUGAGCUGCCAAGUCUCGGGGGGCGUUCCGACCACGCUGGUCGAGUACACCCUAAAUGGAGAUGGCAACCAGGACUUCUACGAUGUCUCCCUGGUUGACGGCUUCAACGUUCCUCUCUCCAUCAAUCCUACAAAUGGACAGUGCACUGCCCCUGCAUGCAAAGCCGACGUGAAUGCUGCUUGCCCUGCUGAAUUGAAGGUGAAUGGUGGAUGCAAUAGUGCCUGUACUGUCUUUCAAACUGACCAGUAUUGCUGCAGAGGUUCCUAUGUCAAGAACUGCCCCGCCACAAACUACUCGAUGAUGUUCAAGAACCAGUGCCCACAGGCAUACAGUUAUGCUAAGGACGAUUCUUCCAGCACUUUCACCUGCCCCUCUGGUACCACCGACUAUAGUAUUGUAUUCUGUCCCUAGAUAUAUAUAGGAUCAUCAUAGUCAUUAUAACCUCCAAAUAAUCAGCUAUGAUCUUAUCACCCGUGUAUUUAGUAUCUGAUAUAUGGUGGCAUAAACUAUCAUUUGGUAGAGUCAUGUAAAUAAGCCAUCGGUUGGUGUAAGGUAUACAUGCCAGUUUCCAAGUAUCACAGUUUAUUGUAAAUAAAAUUCCAUCGGUAUUUUAAUGGGUAAUGAGGAAAAGCUAAUCCAUACGCAGUUAUCUUUUUAACAUUUUAAGUUCUAAUAUAUUAAAUAUAUAUAUAUAUUCAAAU